AUGGCAGCCGGCUUCAACGUAAUCGCUGCGAUACGCGAAAAGGCCUUUGGCCAUGUCGUUGAGAAUGAGACGAAAGCUGCGUUCAGCGUCUCUGCUGUCAGCCAUAUGGAUGACGGAUUCAAUGUGAUUGACGCUGUCAUCUGGUUUGUUGUGGCGAGCUUCAACGCUGUCGUUAUCAUCGUCGAUGUUGCUGUUGAUUUCGGUGUCGAGGUCGUUGUCGAGGUCGUUGUGAUCGGGAGUAGGAACGCGUAUCUCAUGUCUGGAGAUUACCUGGAACAGGGAUACUGGCCUGCGACAUUGCUAAAUCUUGUUGUUGUUGGGGAAGAACAGAAAACGAAACAGGCGAAGAGGUUUAAACACCACGAGACACGGGGCUCCCGGACUUUCGUCGACGACAAACACUUGUGUCAAACCUGGUGUCUUCACUGGGCUAGCCUACAUGGACCCCUGAAGCCCAUCGAAAGGCACGACGGGUCCGAGUUUACCUCGAUCGUCCAGGAAGAGCAGGUGAUAGGCUUGCUCCCUUUGGUUGUUGCAUUCUUCACGAAGUAUUCUGUGCAUUCUGAUGACCAGUCAGAUAGGCAUCUGCGUAGUUAG